AUGGUUUCUCCUGCUAUCGCUCUGGCCUUCAUUCCCCUCCUGCUGACAGUUCUUAUCAGGUGCCGCUUCUACUUUGUGCUGUUCUAUCGGGCGGUCCUGGUCAGGAUAUGGAAGGACUGUGUUACUGGUCUGAGCCGCGAGGAGCGUGCUUACCAGUACGUCCUCACUCACGCCACCCCUGGAGACCCAGACAGCAUCCUGGACGCCUUCGAUGUCUGGUGCAGCAAAGUGGAGUUCAUCAGCAACAUCGGGCCUAAAAAAGGGAAGAUCCUGGACCGGCUGGUGAUGGAGCUGAGCCCUCUGACGGUGCUGGAGCUGGGUGCCCACUGCGGGUACAGCACCGUGAGGAUCGCCCGGUCUCUGCCCCUGGGCGCCCGGAUCUACAGCCUCGAGAUGGACUCGAGGAAUGCUGCCAUCGCUGAGAAAAUCAUCCGCCUGGCAGGGUUUGACGAUGACACGGUGGAGCUCAUUAUAAAUCCCUCUGAUGAGGUGAUCCCUCGGCUGCGGUCUGACUAUGGUUUGGAAAGGCUGGAUUUCAUCUUCAUGGACCACUGGAAGAAAUGUUACCUCCCUGAUCUGCAGAUGCUGGAGGGCUCUGGUCUGCUGGGAAAAGGGUCUGUGAUCAUGGCCGACAACGUGCUGUUCCCCGGGGCUCCAAAGUUCCUCAGGCACGUUCGCAAGAGUGGCCUGUAUGAGUGGAAGGUCCACCGGGCCACACUCGAGUACAGCAAAGGCAUCAGGGACGGGAUGGCUGAGCUGGUGUACCAGGGAAUCAAGUAGACUACACUAUUAGUCAGAUACACAUGUUUGGAGUGGCAAGGUA